ACCAUGUUCUUUCUACCCAUGAACUUUUGGGUUUCGGUUUCGCCUUCCGGAAUACCUGAAGAAGUCAUCAGUUGACCUGUUGCCUCCCAAACGACUAAUAUUAGAGUGCCCAUCACAUCAAAACAAUCCAUUUGAGAGUUUUGAGAGUCCGAUUGGAAAGUGCAUUUUCACAACUGUAGAGAUCCAGUUUUAAAAUGGAUCCUCCAAUGUGGUGAGAAUCUUUCAAUUGAGCUCCCCGAUAGACCCUGAAUCUGGAUCCAAACAACACUAACAGUACCCAUCAAAACAUUGACUCUGGACCCAAAAACUAGAUUUAUAUUCAAUGCACAUAUUUUCAUUACAGUGUGGGCAUUGGGCAAUGAAAAGUGGUUUCAGAGUUUCACAUUGGGUUCAAAAUCCAUAGUAAGCGUCCAACUUGGUUCACACCCACAAGCCCAGUCCAGAGGGAAUAGGUUUCUCGAGGCGGUUCGCCAUUCAAUUUUCAAAUUUCAAAUCCCUUAACGGUCCACUACGUGCGUCCCAGUUCCCACCACCACCAAUCUCUUUUAUUCAAAAUUUAUAGCCGUUUUUCUACCUUGGAAAACUCCCAAUUUUAUAGCCGUUCCAAACGGCCCAUUUUUUCAAUCUAUUUCCAGUAUAUAUAUCCUCAAGAAUUCUCCCAUUUCCUCAUUUCCUUCACUACCCAUUCUUCUAUUUCUUGUUCCGGGCGUCUUUGUAUACGUCUUUGGCACCUCCCCUUUUGCUUUUCUAAUCAAUCUUCUUUUUUAUUUUCACUAACAAAAAUGAGAGAGUGCAUUUCAAUCCACAUUGGUCAGGCUGGUAUCCAAGUUGGCAACGCCUGUUGGGAGCUCUACUGCCUUGAACAUGGCAUUCAGCCUGAUGGACAAAUGCCAAGUGACAAGACAGUUGGAGGAGGAGAUGAUGCUUUCAACACAUUUUUCAGUGAAACAGGAGCCGGAAAACAUGUUCCUCGUGCUGUGUUUCUGGAUUUGGAACCAACUGUUAUUGAUGAAGUCAGGACCGGGACUUACCGCCAAUUGUUCCACCCUGAACAGCUCAUUAGUGGCAAAGAAGAUGCUGCCAAUAACUUUGCCAGAGGCCAUUAUACAAUUGGCAAGGAAAUAGUGGAUCUCUGCCUUGACAGGAUCAGGAAACUAGCAGAUAACUGUACUGGACUUCAAGGGUUUUUGGUAUUCCAUGCUGUUGGUGGUGGAACAGGAUCUGGUCUUGGUUCUCUGCUUCUUGAAAGGCUCUCUGUGGACUACGGCAAGAAAUCAAAACUCGGUUUCACUGUUUACCCUUCCCCUCAGGUUUCUACAUCUGUUGUAGAGCCUUAUAAUAGUGUUCUGUCAACUCAUUCUCUCUUAGAGCACACUGAUGUAGCAGUUCUCCUUGAUAAUGAAGCUAUCUAUGAUAUUUGCCGAAGAUCUCUCGACAUCGAGAGGCCUACUUACACCAAUCUCAAUAGGCUGGUGUCUCAGGUUAUUUCUUCCCUGACUGCAUCUCUGCGAUUUGAUGGUGCUCUGAAUGUGGAUGUAACAGAAUUUCAGACCAAUUUAGUCCCAUACCCUAGAAUCCAUUUCAUGCUUUCUUCAUAUGCACCAGUCAUUUCUGCUGAAAAGGCCUACCAUGAGCAACUAUCGGUAGCAGAAAUCACUAACAGUGCUUUUGAACCAGCUUCUAUGAUGGCCAAAUGCGAUCCACGCCAUGGGAAAUACAUGGCCUGCUGCUUGAUGUACAGAGGUGAUGUGGUGCCUAAGGAUGUGAAUGCUGCUGUGGCAACAAUCAAGACUAAGAGGACUAUCCAGUUUGUCGAUUGGUGCCCAACUGGGUUCAAGUGUGGUAUUAACUACCAGCCUCCUACUGUGGUGCCUGGUGGCGAUUUGGCCAAAGUUCAAAGGGCAGUUUGUAUGAUUUCUAACUCUACAAGUGUGGCUGAAGUGUUCUCAAGGAUUGAUCACAAGUUUGAUCUGAUGUAUGCCAAGCGUGCAUUUGUGCAUUGGUAUGUUGGUGAGGGUAUGGAGGAGGGUGAGUUUUCAGAAGCUAGAGAAGACUUAGCUGCUCUUGAGAAGGAUUAUGAGGAAGUUGGCGCAGAAUCUGCUGAAGGGGAUGAAGAUGAAGGUGAUGAGUAUUAGGCUAGAAUAGUGUGGAAAGACUGAAGGAGUUCUGCCAAUGGACUCAUUGGUCAGCUAAUGUGAUCUUUUUUAUCCCUUGUAGUAUCAAAAAAACAAGUUUAUGAAUCUUUCCUUUUUUACUUGCAUUCUUGAAGCAAUUGGAAUAUCAGCUAUGAUUGUUGACAACAAAAGACUUGGCUUGCUUUGACGGAGCCUUUUUUUUUGUUGUUUCCUUAAUUUGCUAUUACUUUUUGAGGCCUAUUUCAACCAUUAAGGGACAAACUGGUCCAGCAGAUUUUGGACAAAUGGGCCCCUAACCCCACAAAAGAGUCCCUGUGUGCUCUGCAAAGAGAUCAAACUUCGAGAGUUUCUUCAACUAACAUGAAGAAGACGAGGCACAUGGUCUGGUCUUCUACCACUUUUCCGGUCUGGAAAGAAACAAUCCUUGUAGCUUCUGGAUAAGACAGGCAUAUCGGAAAGAUGACAUCGGUUAUUGCAAACAUUCCUUAGAAUUUCCUUUGUAAACAACAAAUUUUUUCCCUGUUUCCAUCCAUCCAAGGGAAAUAGGCUACGUUUUUAUCCUCCAUUCCUAACCAGAAAUGGGUUUGUUAAUGCAAAUUCAUACAAAAUCAGGUCAUUUUCCAUGAAUAUUUCAAGUUGUUUAAGCAGAGACGGCAUUUAUUUUUCUAUUCUUCACUAACUGUUCCUUGGACUUUAAGACAAAUAUUGCACAAGGCAAUUACUUGCAAAUUAAGAUUAUAACAACAUCUGACUUGGCCAAAAUAUGAUAAAUUUUCAAUGUUAAGAAGGCACC